GACCGUCCGAAUCCGAUGGGCCGUUAUGGGCCGGCCCACGUGGGCCCGUACCAGCCCGGCCCAAGUAUAAACCUUGCCGUGUGGCCGUCUGCCUCUGCCACUCGAGCAAAAACCUCAGCCGCCGCCUCCAGCUCCGCCGCCGCAGCAGCCAUGGUGCUGGCGCGCAAGAAGCUGAAGCAGAGGAUACGGACGCUGCUCCCCGGCGGCGACGCCGAGGCGGGGGCCGGCGCGGAGGUGAAGAAGCUGAAGGUGCGGCUGGUGUCCUCCAAGCGGGCCCGGCCUAAGCGUCCCAAGAAGCCGACGCCCGCGCCGGUGGUGGUGGAGGAAGAGGGGGAGGCGGAGAAGGAGGUGGAGGAGGAGCAGUCGGAUGAGGAGCCGGCGGUGGACGAGGCGGCGCUGGCGCUGAAGGCGGAGGUGGAGCGGCGGAGGGAGGAGAGGAGGAAGGAGAAGAAGGAGAAGAGGAGGGUGAGGAGGCUGUUGGAGGCGGAGGCGGCGGCGAGCAAGAAGCCCGACGCGGAGGAGGCGGCGGUGGAUCAGGAGUCGGAAGUGGCCGGCGCUGAUCCUGCCGUGCCAGACGAUAGUGAACAUAAUAUAGACAUCGCAGUAGUGGAAGAAAAGGCGAACAAUCUAGAUAUCGCAAAGGUGGAGGGAAAGGUGGUGAAAAUUAAGUUAGAAGAGGCAAGCCAGGAAGCUGGAUCUGACAAUCCGAUUGUGUCGCACGAUAGUGGGCAAAGUAUAAAGAAGGUGUAUGUUGGUGGCAUCCCAUACUAUUCAUCUGAGGAUGACAUUAGAAGUUUCUUUGAAGGAUGUGGCAGUAUCACUGCACUGGACUGCAUGACUUUUCCUGAGAGCGGGAAAUUCAGGGGUAUUGCCAUUCUCACAUUCAAGACUGACGGGGCUGCACAAAGGGCAUUAGCUCUUGAUGGUGCAGAUAUGGGAGGAUUCUUUUUGAAAGUCCAGCCUUACAAAGCUAACCGGGAAAAAGUCAAAUCUAACCAUGAGAAGGAAGACUUUGCACCAAAGAUGAUAGAGGGAUACAAUAGGAUGUAUGUUGGAAACCUAGCGUGGGACAUAACAGAGGAUGACCUGAGGAGGUUCUUUUCUGAUUGCAAGAUCUCAGCCAUCCGAUUCGGAACAGACAAGGAGACAGGUGAAUUCAAAGGCUUUGCACAUAUUGAUUUUUCUGAUAGUACAUCUCUUGCCGUUGCUAUGAGGCUUGACCAGAACGUGAUUAAGGGGAGACCAGUCAGAAUUAGAUGUGCCGUUCCCAAGAAAGAAACCCAGAAAUCAGAUGACAAUGCAAACUCAGAUUCAUCGAAGAAUAAGAUCCGUACAUGUUAUGAGUGUGGUACUCCUGGCCAUCUCUCUUUUGCUUGCCCUAAUAAGAAGGCUUCUGAAGUGGAACCUAGUGAAAAGAAGGCUAAUGUUGAUUCAGCUGAAGCAUCGUCGAAGAAGAGACGCACGUGCUAUGAAUGUGGCGUUCCUGGCCAUCUAUCAUCAGCUUGCCCCAACAAAAAGGCUUCUGAAUCUGAAGCCAUAGGUGAUGAAAAUAAGGCUAAUAUUGGCACAGCCACAACAUCAUCAAAGAAGAGGCGGACAUGCUAUGAAUGUGGCGUUCCUGGCCAUCUGUCAUCUGCUUGCCCAAACAAAAGUGCUGCUGAGGUUGUUUCUAACACACAGACUUUUGAUGAACCAAAAAUUGCACCUUCAAUUGCUUAUGAGCAAAAUAAAAUAGGCGAUGGAUCAAAUUCAGCACCUUCGAAGAGGAGGAAGUGUUAUGAAUGUGGCAUCUCUGGUCAUCUUUCGUCAGCUUGCCCCAACAAGAAGGCUACUGAAACUAAUUUCGAUGAAGCUAAAUCUGUUGGUGACUCAAGUACAUUACCUGCUACCACUUCUGGUGAAAAGAAGUCUAGUGACGAUACAAGUUCGGCGCCUCCAAAGAAAAAGAAGAGAAGGACGUGCUAUGAAUGCGGAAUAGCUGGUCAUCUCUCAUCAGAAUGCCCCAACAAGGCAGCUGCUUAGUUGAAAUGAUUAUGGUGGACCAGUUGCAUUUUGAUAGGUAGUGCCCAUCGUUUGAACCCCACGAAAAAAAAAUCUCAUAUAAAGGAGAAGAAAUUGUUCCUCUGUAGCAUGUCCUCUAUAGAAUGAUCAUAAAUCAUUUUAGAGGGCAAUCGUGUAUGCAACAAAGAAGUGUUGUAUCUUCCAUUUACCCUUGUCAAAUUUUGACUGCUUCAUUUAUUUA